AUGCGUUUUUCAGUUGUUCCCCUUCUUCUAUGCGCCGGCGGUGCUUUGACAGUGCUCGCCCACACCCACAUGCGCAAUCUCAUUAUUGAUGGCGACGUCAAAACCCGCGGGAAAUGUAUUAUUCCAUACAAGACCAACUUUUCCUUCCCUACCAAAGAUCUCAGAUCGGCUGACCUGCAGUGCAGGUCCAGCACGAUGGACCUCAGCGACGUUGAAAGCUGCCCUGUCAAGGCUGGCUCAACCAUCACCAUGCAGUGGCGUCAGGGCGAAGAAAACGAAGGAACUGUAAUCCAAAGACAGCAUGUCGGCCCCUGCAUUGUGUACAUGGCUCGCAUUAACCCUGGCAUCUCGUCGUACUCUUGGUUCAAAAUCUUUGAGGACGGUUACAACCAGAAAUGGUGCGUUGAAAAGCUCAUCUCUAACGGCGGUCAAGAUUCCCGAAAAAUAAAGCCCGGAGAGUACCUUCUGAGAGGCGAGCUCAUUGGGCUCUCGGAGGCUAGCAGACCAUACGGCAAGGACAUGACGUCCGGUGCUCAAUUCUAUGCCAAUUGUGCUCGUGUCCAGGUUUCAGGAACCGAAAGUGGAGUGCCAGACAACUCACAGAUUGCCUUCUUCCCCGGAUAUUACGGAACCGAGCAGCCCGGCAUUCUUUUCGACAUCAACAAGUCACCUAUCAACUAUACCAUUCCGGGCCCAAAGAUAUUCAGCUAA